CUUUGAUUGGCAGGCUGCAGUAAGCCCGAAGAAAACAGGCAUCAAGACUGCUGCGUGGGAAAGUUGUGGGAAUCUCGCCAUCAAGAGGUUUACUUGGUGAAACCCACAGCUUCCAAAUGGAUCACACAAACGGUCCGGACUGAGAAGAUUCUGUGGCUGUCGCCUACUAAAAGACUCAUUGGUCAAUUGCUAGCUAGAUAGAGUGCAUCAUCAGUGAUCGGCAGGAAUCGGAACUCAAGUGUCCAUCAACCCAUCAUCGUACUUGUUGAUGCAUUGAUCAAGCACAAUACCGUACGGGAAACAAGCAAGCAUCGUUAACGCGUUGGAUGCACUGUAAUAACGACCCAGGCUGGAGUGGAACGAUUUGUUCUUUCUCGGAACAAACAUCACAAGAUCAAUCAAACAAUAGGGAACUCCAGAGGUCAUAGCUUUUAGCACCCAACAUCAGUCUUACAAUUCAGUUCAGUUCAGAACAUACUUCUUCUAUCAGAUUCGAUUCAACGCUACCCAUUCAUUCUCUUUUACUUUUUCCCAGUCUUCUGCCAGUAUCAUAAGUCAACUCUUAGAAGAGCUUAUCAACAACAAUCAUGUAUCUUCAACAAAGCUACAACCCACACACUCACACCAAGGGCAACAGCCGCAAACGGUCGAGACCGAUUCAGCACAAUGCCAUACCAAGAGCCACACUAGUCACAUCACUGCUCUGGCUCGUUGCGUUCACUUCCACACACCCCUUUGGAGUCAAGGCCUUUGUAGUCGCCAGUGACAGACACAAUGCCGGCCAUGCUGUCACAAAGAACAACAUUAUCAACAACCACAAACAACCACAACACCAGCCAUUGCAACCCCUAGUUUUGAGUCCGGAACACGAUCAUCAUCAUGACAAGCAAAAGCUGUUCUCGUCCGUAGCCACGGCAUUACCAGCCCCAGACUUGAGCUCCCUGGUCAAAGUCCCCACAGACCUCGAGGGCGUGCUGGACUUUGAACUCCUCUCCUCGCCGUUGGGCCUGAUCAAGCUCCUCUCGUCUCGUGACGGUCAACCCGCUGCCAAAGUCUUGGAUGAAGAGGAAGUUCUGGAAUGGGCCGGCCGCUAUACUAGUGUCGAUGCACUACGAGAACACUUUGGCGGCAAUCAGAACAAACUAUGGGGAGACUUGCAGGCAUCCACAGCCCGUCGUCUGUACAAGACGUUGUUACCUCGAGCCUUGCUGGAACUCUCCAAGAUUGGUCAGUUGCAACCACAAGACUUAGCUCCACUGGCCUAUCAAGCUCGUGUUGCGGCCAAGUUGUAUGCUCGUGAACGCUGUACUGUGCCCGCACGGAUUGCCGCCACUCUCUUUGAUGGGUUCCGACAAUGGAUCAAGUACGGCAAGUUUCAGGGACACGGCAUGACCUACGAUCAGCUUUGGCAAAAGUACGCUGAGAAGAUUCUGCAUGAAACGGAGUCUACGGAACACCGCACUAGUUUGGAGACCUCGGAACGUGACGACGACUACAGCGACCAUCACGACGACGAGGAAUGCAGCCCUUUCGAGUCGGAUUGCGAAGACCUUUCGGAACAAGUCUGUCUAAAGAUUCUGGAACGGGCGUGUGUGUCCAACGAAGGAGUCGAUUCGUUGGUGUUGACGGGGCAAGAUUGGUCCGAUGACACCUUUCUGAACCCCGAGCAGCGACAGCUCUUGGAACGCAUCCGUUACCAACUCGAGAAGGACAUGUAUCAGCUCCUGUUGCCACCCGGCAGCGUGAUGGACGAGCAAGACGACGAGCACGAACAUCCAACCUUGCCCGUCGGUCCGACCACUCGGGACCGACUCCAGAGGGGCAAGUUCAAGUUGGUCAAGGGAUUGGCCAAACAACGACGAUUUUGGAAGCUUCGGCAUCAAAAGAAGCUUUUGGCCAAGGCCAUGGCUGCUGCAAGAGAGGAGCUGGAAUCCAAGAAGGAGAAGAAACACAUGGCCUGGCUGUCCCUAAACAACAAGCACAAGAACCAAUCCAGGUUGCACGAGGAGAGCGACAGUGAGGACGACCCAGAACAAGAGGACGAUGAGGAGGUGUUGAAGCCUUGAAUAAAGCAUACCUCUCAAGCGUUUUUCCCAUUGAUGGAUGACGGAUUUUGGAUUCAUGCACUUUUGCGGCGGGCGAUCCGUGUCGCUGCCUAUGUAUUAUCAAUUGUACCUACGUACCGCUAAACUGUACACUAGCUAGAGCUCUAUGCUUUACAACUCUCUUACAACCACCUAGAUCUCUUCCGCUAGUCUUACUCCUUUGAUCCUCCCUGCCUCCCA